AUGCUCUCCGUCGCGGACACGGACCUCCUCCGCGACGGCUCGAUGACCGUCAUGAAGUCCCAGGUCGUCGGCCUCGUCGGCGGCAACGGCUGCGGGAAGUCGACGCUGCUGAAAUGCAUCGCGGGACGACGCGCGCUCGACGACGGCGCGAUCGCCAUCUCUUCGGACCUCGAGGUCGGGUACUUCGAACAGACCGCGGUGAGCGGAAGCGAGCUCACGGUGUACCAAGAAGCGCGGGCGCGGAUGACGCGAAUCAACGCCGCGGAGGCGGCGCUGAGAGCCGCGGAGCUUCAGUGCGAGAGCGCGGAGGUGGAAGAGGCGUGCAAGGGCGCGGACGCGUACAUGGCGGCGUUGGAAGAGUUCGACGCCGCCGGCGGCAACGGCGCGGAGAAACGCAUCGCGAGCGUGCUCGACGGCCUCGGGUUCGCGAGGUCGCAGUGGGACGUGGUGUGCGACGACUUAUCCGGCGGGUGGCAGAUGCGCGUCGCGCUCGCGAGGCUCUUGUUAUCCCCCGCGGGGUCGCAGGACAACGGCCUGUUGCUCCUGGAUGAGCCCACGAACCACCUCGACGAGGCGUCGAAAAAGUGGCUGAGCGCGUGGAUCAAAUCGUCUCCGUCGACGACGGUGAUCGUGUCGCACGAGAAGGAACUCCUCGACGGCGCGUGCUCGCACAUCGCGGAGGUGCGAGGGAAAGGGCUGCACUGGUACGUCGGCAACUACACCGCGUUCUUAGAGGCGAGGGACGAGCGCAUACGCGUCGCGAAGGCGUUGUACGAGAAGCAGCGCGUCGAAGCCGCGGAGUUGGAGGAUUUCGUUCGCCGGUUCAGCGCGAACGCGAGCAAGGCGAGCCAGGCGCAGAGCAGAGCGAAGCUCCUCGAGAAGCUCCGCCUCAUGGACCCGCCGGCGUCGGACAACGACGUCCUCGAGCUGCGAGGCCCGGGCCCGGGCGGCGGUGCGAAGCUCGGGUACGACGCGAGGGCGCCCAUCUUGCAGGGCGCGCUGAAGCUCGAGCGCGGGCAGCGGAUCGUCGUCCUCGGCCCGAACGGCGCGGGGAAGUCGACGCUGUUGAAAUCGCUCGCCGGGACGUUGCCCGUCGUCGGCGGCGAACGCGUCGUGGGCGAACGCGUGAAAAUCGGCGUCUUCUCGCAGGACCUCGCGCAGGAGCUCCCGUCCGCGGAGAGAGCGCUGGAUUACGUGCUCGCGUCCGCGAGAGAGGACGACGCGCUUCUGAAGGAGGAAAAGGCGAGGAACGCGCUCGGCGCGCUCGGGAUGAGCGGCCACAUGGCGCUUCGGACGAUCGGGUCGUUGAGCGGCGGAGAAAAGGCGCGCGUCGCGCUCGCGGCGUUCGUGCUUCGCCCGAGGAACGUUCUGCUGCUCGACGAGCCGUCCAACCACCUCGACAUCGGCGCGGUGAACGCGCUGACGGACGGCCUGCGCGGGUGGGAAGGGACCGUCUUCGCGGUGUCGCACAACAAAGAGUUCUGCGAGGCGUUGGAGCCGAGCCACGUCGUCAGGGUGAAAGCCGGGGAGAUGUUCAUGGAGAAUUGCUACGGGCUCUCCGACGCGGACUUUGAGCACGAGGUCGUCGCGGGGGACGCGACCGCGUUGGUGAAAGAGAGCGGGGCCAUCAUCGUCGAGUCGUCGUUCGACGAGGAAGAGGGCGCGGCGGUUGAGAUCGUCGUCACCGGGAGCUUGGACGAAGAGCCCGUCGCGGUGUCGCGGUGA